UCUUCGUAAAAGCAAAGCCGGAAGAAGAAAGGUAAGAAUCACUUUGUGAUGGAGCUCGAAGAUCCAACAAUGGCAGAUUCCACGAUUAAGCUUACCGUCAAAUUCGGAGGCAAAUCAAUACCACUUUCGGUAUCACAAGAUUGUACAGUCAAAGAUCUUAAGUCUCUGUUACAACCAAUCACCAACGUUCUUCCUCGUGGCCAGAAGCUCAUCUUCAAAGGUAAGGUUUUGGUCGAAACGUCGACUUUGAAACAAUCUGAUGUGGGAAGUGGUGCCAAACUCAUGUUAAUGGCUUCUCAAGGUCUGCAUCAAGGGGAAGGUCCAGUACUUAAGGAAGCUAGUACAAGGCCAAUCUCUAGAACUGUUGUAUCUGAUAAAGUAGAUCAGAGAAAACCUAGUCUCCUUGUAGACAAGAAGCGCACUGAUCGAUGGAAAGCCACAGGAGUUAUUGCUUUAGCUCAAGCCAAUUUGAAGGAAAUACCCGAAGAAGUGUGGGACUGUGGAUCUGGAGUCAGAGUACUUGACAUCAGUGAAAAUUUCAUCAAAGAAGUACCUGCCAAAAUCAGCUCCUUUGGUUCUAUGCAGAAAUUGCUCCUUCAAGGAAAUGGCCUAUCGGAUGAAUCCAUUCAAUGGGAAGGGAUAGCAUCUCUGAAGCGCCUGAUGCUUCUGUCCAUUAGCCAUAACAAUCUAACUGUUCUGCCAGCAGCAGUGGGUUCACUGAUAUCUCUUAGACAGCUCGAUGUCACCAACAACAAGUUGACAAGUUUACCAAAUGAGUUAGGACUUCUAACACAGCUUGAGAUCUUGAAAGCAAACAAUAACAGAAUAACUAGCCUUCCCGAGAGUAUCGGAAACUGUUCCUUCCUCAUGGAGGUUGAUCUUUCAGCAAACAUUCUAUCAGAACUUCCCGAGACAUUCACCAAACUGCGCAAUCUAAGGACACUGGAGCUGAACAACACGGGAUUGAAGACGCUGCCAACGGCUUUAUUUAAGAUGUGUUUGCAGCUCUCAACUUUAGGACUCCACAACACAGAGAUAACCGUUGAAUUUCUCCGCCAGUUCGAGGGAUGGGAUGAUUUUGAUGAAAGAAGACGUACCAAGCAUCAGAAACAGCUUGAUUUUCGGGUUGUUGGGUCUGGCCAAUUCGAUGAAGGUGCUGAUAAAUCUUGGUGAUCGAGUCAAGUCUGAGUCUCGAAUCGUCAGAACUCAGAACUCUUACAUUUGUGGCACUUUCAGUCAAAAAUCCGUCUCAGUAAUACCUAAAUAUUUUUAUUUACUUCAAACUGAAUCUAUUCUUAAAAGAAAAUAUUUUUUUCGUAGGAAAUAAUAAGCGUUGUCUACGUAUUGUAGUGUCCCAAAUAAAUUGAACCUCUCUCAAAUAAACGAAAACUAGAAUUAAUAUGCAAAAGGUACAUUUAUCAUCAGUAUGAGCAUUAUGUAUCAGUCUAAAGUGGUGCUCUAGACUUCACAUUAGAAUUAUAUUUUUAGUUCUUUGCUUUCAA